AUAGUAUAUUAAGGAUUAAAGAUGAAAGUUAACGGGUGUUUUCUCUUUCAUUUCCCGAAACAAAUAAGUAGUGCGAUGAUUGCAGUAGAUUGAAGUUGUACGUCUUUCGAUUCUUAUCAAAUAUUAGUCGUCGUCACAGGGCAGGUCUGUGACGAUGAGACAUAAGAAGUUGAAAAGCAGGUUUUGGUACAAACCCAAGGCGUUGUUCGAUCCCUGGAUGAGGAAAGUCGACGACCGCAUUCUAUCAGGUUGGAUUAGGAUGAAUCACUUUGGGAAAUUCGAUGAUUUUGUUCAAAAAAACAUGAACUUGGAUUGGAACACAAAACGUGCUGCCCUGGAUGCUUCACCAUACGUUGUUGCUCUUACAUCAUACACUGGUCCCCAACGGCUAUUUAUAUGUUCAGGGACUAUUGUUAACUCUUAUGGUGCCAAUGGUCAUUUUUUUGCUACCAUCUUGACUUCCGCCACCCUCCUUAGAUGUCCAACAACAGAAGAUAGUAUGGCCGAUGAUAUAAAGGUGGAUGUCUACUUGUUUGAUCGUAGUGUGUGUGAGGGUGAAAUAUUGGGUUAUGACUUCCAUCAUAAUGUUGCUGCCAUCCGUAUCAAGUCUGAUGUUCAGUUGCAAACUGCUGUUAUCGGAAAUCUUGAUGAUAAUAUGGAGUGCCAUGCCCGCUUUGGUGAUACGUCAUUUCAUCUUGGCCGCUAUCGUGAUACACCAACAUGCCAGCGAUUAAUUAAGCUCUGUCCAGGAAUGGCUGUUAUUGCAUUGGGUCGAUAUUUUGAUGACCCCUACCACAUUAUGGCAGCCCCUGGCGAGCUUAUGGCGGAGGACUCUAAGUUAGAUUGUGGAGAGCUUGUUAUUGCAUGUAGUGAAAUCACCAAGAAUGGUAUUGGAGGACCACUUAUUAAUUACAGUGGAUGCGUCAUUGGACUGAACUUCUACAGCGAGGCUCGUACUCCUUUUUUACCCAUCAAUAUUGCCUUAAAAUGCUUGGAGCACUUGCUAAAUUAUAGGGAAGUCCCUCGACCAUGGAUUGGACUUGAGCUAUCUGACUUGGACAUAAUUGAGCUUGGUGAGUUGGAAAAGUUAAUCCAUAGCUCUCCUGAUACCCUAAGUGGUGUUUUAGUUAGAAAGGUGGAACUGAGAUCUCCUGCUUCUGAUGCCGGAAUAUGCACCGAAGAUUUGAUAAUUCAGAUUGAUGGAAAGCAUGUUGGAAGUCCCUUGGAGUUUACUAGUGUACUAUUGGACAAGGCCAAGGAGCCCAGAGAAGUGAUUGUUAAGAGAGCCGGUAGCAUUACACCUUUAAAGCUCACUGUACUUCCUCAGAGUGCUGGAAAAUUGAACCGAUGGCCUAUACCAAAGGAACUCAGAAGCAAUCUUUUUUAUUGAAGAAGGUAAAUUAGCCCACCCAAAUUGGCACCAAAGAGAAUCGAACCUCAGACCUAAGAGGAGCACACUCUCAGGUCCCAAGCCAAUACCAAUGCACCAACCCAAGUGGGUUAAUUCAGAAGCAAUCUGCCUUGUAUCCAUGCGAUAUGUUGGCUCCUCAACAAGCUAAUUCUUCUCUCAUAGAUUCUGUAAUUUAAAAUGCUACUAUUUAAUGAGCAAUAUCUUUAACUUAAAGUAGGUACAUGUUAUCUAUGUUAAAUCUGAACUUAACAGUUUAACUUAAGGGUCUGUUUGGUGCGCAGGAUAGCAUAGUAACAGGAUAGGAUAUAAAACAGGAUAAGGAUAGGAUAACAGCAGGAUAACAAACAUGAUAACUAUUAUAUUUUGUUUUUAAUACAUACUUGCUCAUAAUAAUAUGAUAAGAUAUAUAACAUAUUUAAUUGACAAAA